UUGUUCUUCUCUAUUUCUUUCUUCCUCCCACACUUUAGUUCACCAACUUAUAGUGACUGAAAUCAUUCUGGGUGAAUAAUGCUGGACCACGCUGAAAAUUUGUGGCUGAGAGCUGGACCUCGUCAUCGCCACGCACUUUGUCACUGAGACAGGGUAACCCAUGGUUACUGAGCUCGGCUCAGUUGAGGGCUAGAGAGCCUCCCCUCCCCACUGCAUUAUAAAGAGAUCCAGCCAAGGGACCCUACCAGCUUCUAGCUCUCAGCCUAGACGACAGUGUGAGAAAGAAACCCCUAGACAUCAGGAGCAGAGUACACCAGCUGCAGAGGCAAGGCCAGCAUGUCGUCUACCUUCAAACUUCAGUGUCACUUCAUUCUGAUCCUCCUGAUGGCCCUAAGAGGGGAGAGUCGGCACCUGGAGCUGCGAGAAAGAGCCGACCACGACCCUUUCCUGCGCUUCAGCGCCAACCUGAAGCGGGAGCCGGCGGAGGAACAGCUGUACCGCCGAGCUCUGCGGUGCCUGGACAUGGUGAGCCUCCAGGGCCAGUUUACCUUCACCGCCAACCGGCCGCAGCUGCACUGCGCCGCCUUCUUCAUUGGCGAGCCGGAGGAGUUCAUCACUAUCCACUACGACCUGGUCUCCAUCGACUGUCAGGGCGGGGACUUCCUGAAGGUAUUUGAUGGUUGGAUUCUCAAGGGGGAGAAGUUCCCCAGUUCCCAGGAUCAUCCUCUCCCCACAGCUGAGCGGUACAUAGAUUUCUGUGAGAGUAGUCUCAGCCGAAGGAGCAUCAGAUCCUCCCAGAACGUGGCCAUGAUCUUCUUCCGAGUCCAGGAACCAGGAAAUGGAUUCACAUUAACCGUAAAGACCAAGCCUAACCUCUUUCCCUGUAAUGUCAUCUCCCAGACCCCAAAUGGAAGGUUUACCCUGGUAGUUCCACAUCAGCAUCGCAACUGCAGCUUCUCCGUCAUUUAUCCUGUGGCGAUAAAAAUAUCUGAUCUCACCCUGGGACACUUAAAUGGCCUUCAGUUAAAGAAAUCCUCAGCAGGCUGUGGGGGAGUAGGAGACUUUGUGGAGCUGCUGGGAGGAAAUGGGUUGGACCCUUCCAAGAUGAUGCCUCUAGCUGAGCUCUGCUACCCCUUUCAUGGCCCUGCCCAAAUGAAAAUUGGCUGUGACAACACUGUGGUGCGCAUGGUCUCCAGUGGAAAACACACAAAUCGUGUGACAUUUGAGUAUCGUCAGCUGGAACCGUAUGAACUGGAAAACCCAAAUGGGAACAGUAUCAGGGAAUUAUGUUUGUCUCAUCUUUGAAUAAUCAACCCAAUGCUGCUGGUUACAUGGUGAUUAUAUAUGGUUUUGACGACCAGCUUACUACAAGCUCAUAUCAGUCAGUAUUCCCAGCCUUGAGCACAUACCACAUACACAUGACUGUGUUAAUUUUUGUACCUUGCUUCUGUUUCAGUUGUAAUAUAUAAAUGAUCAAAUGGCAGAAAAUAAGCACCUAUUUGGUAGAAAAUAGUAUUGAAUGGAAAUAUUUGCAAUUCUUUGGUGUGCUACAAGCCUGAACUAGUAAGAUAAGGGCAAAGCAAUGUGCAAUAUAAAUACUGUAUCUCAAGGGAAAAUACCACAAAGAAAGAAAAAUGGUGGCCCUCAUAUAAAUUUUGUAACAGAAAAAAUUCAAAGUCUGGUGU